AUAAAUAAACAAAGCGCGCACAAGGGCGCAAUAUUUAAUUUUAUUGCGCAAAAUCAAAUAUAAUAUUGCACAUUAUUCUUGUCUUGGCGCAAAUAUAUCGUUAUAAUUUUGUGCAGUAUAACAUUGAUAUCCCAAGUAAUUGUUUUAGCGAACGUUUUUUAUAAACUUAAUUGAAAACUCUUUCAGAACCUUUCAGAAGUUGUAUUAGACAGCUACAAUGUUUGCGUUUCGUCGUAUUCCGUUCAAGCACAGUGUAACUUUCAAGCAACAAUGUCGAAAUGAGUCUAUAUUUCAUCGCGGUGUUCAAUAUUUUUUUAAGAAAAAUCUAUUGCUUACGAAUAGUCUAACCUCUGGAGGGUUUUUGGCCAUUGGCGAUUUGAUACAACAAGAAAUUGAAUUUCAAUCAAAAAUUUUACCUGAAAGAUAUGAUUGGCUCAGAGCAGCUCGUAUGUUUAUAGUGGGCACAUUAAUGGGUCCUAUGCACCAUUAUUAUUAUAUUUAUUUAGAUAAAAUAUUGCCCAAGGCAAACUUCAAAACUAUAUUCACAAAAAUACUAUGUGAUCAAGCAGUUGUAUCUCCACUUACUAUAGUGUGUUUUUUCUAUGGAAUGGGAAUACUUGAGAAUAAAUCUUUAGAGGACAGCAAGGAUGAACUUGUAAAGAAAUUUAAAUAUGUGUACUUGGGUGACUGCUUGUAUUGGCCACCAGUACAAUUCUUAAACUUUUACUACUUACCCACGCAUUACAGAGUCUUAUACAUUAAUUUAGCAACAAUGAUAUUUAAUAUAUUCCUAUCAUUUAUGAAACAUUUUGAUCAACAUUAAACAUCUGUGACCUUUUAACUUAUUACAAUGAUAUAAAACUA